AUGCGUAACUCUGCGUCGCUUGCGGUUCUCAUUACCCUGAUGGCUGUCGGGGGGACUAUUGCUGCUCCCAUCGAGGUCCACCCCGGAUCUGGCCACGCGCCUAUUCCUGACGGCCAUCAAGUUAACCAUACUGUUAUUCCUGUCUCGGGCCCCAAGAUCUCAAACCGCGACAUGAAUCCCGCUAUUAACACCUACGGCUCCAAGCUGGCUUCGGUCGGGGAAGUCAAGGCUGUAACUGGCGAACUCAAUGCCAAGGUAGAAGACGCAAGCGGGGUCAUACAAGACAAUAUCCAUGUUCCCGACACCAGUGCCCACGUCGACAUCGACUUGAGCAAGGGAAGCGACAAGAGUGGGCCUCAACAGCAGCCCCAGCCUCAGUCCGAGCCGCAUUCUGAAUCGCAACCUCAACCCGAAUCUCAACCACAGCCUGAGCAGCAAAGCGAGCCCGAGCACGAACCCAAGCCCCAGUCGGAACCGUCUCCCGAGUCAGGAAACCCAGGCAAACUUCCUGAGCAACCCCAGGGUAAUGCGGGUGACUGCCUUGAUAUUAACGAGGUUCGUGAAGGGUUCCAGGCUAAUGCCUGUGCGACGAUUGAUCUCAAGGCUGGGAAAGAGUGCCUUGAUGGAAUGCACAAGGUUACUGACAAGGCUGGAGAUGACGUUAAAGCGAAAGCGAACAUGGUUCUUGGCGGGACGCACCAGGUCCACGAUAGACCUACAAAUACCGUUCACGACGUCGAGAAGGGAGCUCAGGUCGCUGGGAAGGUAGAUGUAGAUGUCGAUACUGAUGCCAUGAAGGCUCCCGGCGCGCCCCACAGACCUGCCCUUGCUGUCGCGGAGAGUAUUGAGGGUACCAAUCCUAAUUAA